UUGUUCCGCGCCAUGGCGAACUUUUUGGUCCAUGGCCACCGUGGCUGCUGCAGCAUUUACGACGUCAUUCUCCUGUGAAGCGCAUUUGCUCCAGCAAUUGAAGGUCUUUGAAGGUUCUCCCACAGCUUUUGGUGCCUCUGCUCCUCUGGAACGCUUCUUGGAGUUACUGGACACUUGCAUCGAGAGCCGGAAGGACCAGGAUGAUCGCUCGGAAGGAGGAUGGAGACCUGAGGUGGACCGGAUCUUCAAGGCAACAGGUCGCACAGCUCCUGAGCUGGCAUUCCUGGCAGCCCUCGGAGUGGAAAGGCUUGGUGGGAACUCGCUGGAGAGCACAAUCUUUCUGCGGCACGUGAAGCAGCAGACGAUCCGAAGAGUUAUGUACACUUCCCUGGACAGCUACGAUCGCAAGUUCUUGGAAGCGCAGAAGUUAUCCGUGGAGACGCUCGGUGAAGGUUGCGGCCGUGAUGCGAAGGCAGAAACCGAUCUCUGGUUGAGACCGGAGGUCGAGUGCCUGGUCUCUUUAUGCAAGGCCGGAAGUCUGAAGCCAACCUUCGUGACUCUGGACCUCAGGCCGCGGUCGCUGCAGCAGCUGGUGAUGCUGCUGAAGGACUGUGGCUAUCAAUAUUUCAAGGUCUCGCGCCUUUUCGGUACUGCGGUUGGACCGCUGGGUGAUAAGGCAAGUGAUUGGCGCUUGGGUUUGGCCUGGCGAAAUGCCAGCAGCGUGCUGGGAGAUUCCGUGGCUGUGCAGCGUGCCUCUGCCCUUAUGCUUCACGCCGCCCGGGGGUCGCGGAAAAACUUGGCCUUGUGUCUGUCAGGACAGCCAAGAGGCAGAAAUUCUGUGGCCGAUCUUCAGUGGGUCCAGCGCUUCGGGAGCUUCGACAUCUUCGCCGUGGUACCUUUGGAGGACUGUCAACGAGCACGGCAGCUCCUGCAGCAACUGGACGCCGAGGUGCUUUGCGUCGAUAGCUUGUUCAUGAAUCCCGAAGAGCUUCGUUGGAUCUUCACCGGUCCCAAAGCAGACCCAGACAUUUGCCCUGGCCAUCAUUGCGUUUAUGUUUGGCGUGACGUGGAGUCUUGUCGACGCCUCGUGCACAGACACAUGGCCAGGUUUCGCACCUCUUACUGGCGGGUGGCGCGGAUGCGCUUGGAUUUGCGGAUGGAGAUCUUUCCAAAGGAUGUCAUGAAUGCCUUUGCCGACGAGCAGACAGUUUGGGCUUAUGCCAUUCCAGAUCGCCAAUGGAUCCCAAUGCCCGACAGGUUUGCCAUUGGCCCAUCACACUUGAUGCUGGAGGUGUACUUCUCAACCUACAGUUGGAUGCUUGACAUGCAGAGCUGGAGGCACUAUGACCCUGCAGUGGUACACGCAUGUCAGAGGCGUGGGCACAUGUGGCUCCACGAUGGGCGAAUCCGAUCUGUGGGGAAGAUUUGGCCGUGCCCAGAGCACUCUGCGAGAGGCUUCGCCUAUCAAGGACCGGAAAACGUCUUGGAAGCGCGACUCUUUACGUACAAGGCCUCCAUCAACUUCCGCCUGCGGCAGGACAUUUGCUUCAAUCAGUUUGCGAAGCAGCUUGGUAGGAUCUUGGAUUCCGCCUGCGAGCAAAGACCGGAGCGACAUCCUCACGGCUAUUGGAUGACCGACAUGAAGCCCGAGCUUGUUGAGAAUUACAUUAGUCGUCAGGUCACUGCUGGUAGUGAGAAACUCGAAACGCGCUUAUUACCCUAUGACGCUCACUUCACUGCGCGAUUGGCAGAGUUUCUGCUUGAGCAGUGGGGCGAGGCCCAGCGACCCCCGAAGACGUUGCACCUGGGUGCUGGGCGCGGAGCGAUGGCGGAGCAGCUGAGCCGCUGGGGCUUGCCGGUGACGUCGGUGGAUGGCAACUGCUUGGUGCUGGCACUUUCCUCGGGCCUUUGCUUAGAUAUUUUGGCUGAUAGCUGGCAAGAUGCUUGUGAGGCAGCCGCAGAACGAGGCUUUUGCAGAUGGUUGGAUGGAUAUAAAGGGUCUGACUGGGUCCUAGCCCUGAACUUGAUCAGAGACAUUCCUCGACAGCUGAUCUCCAGGUUGGCCACACGCCUGGCUUCUGGCCACACCAUCGUCAUCAGUUGGGUUUCAGCGAGGAGAUUGGAUCACCUAAAGAUGCGAGACCUUCUUCGACAUCUCCAUCACCAAGGUUACCUGGCUGAUCGUCGCGUCAGUCGAGAGCUGCGGCUCUUUGGAGGGCUGCUAUGCUGCCCAUGGAACCAGAACACCUUGGUUCUCAAGAAGCACAGGCCCUUGCGGACUUGCCAUGCGCGAUUACUAGAACAACUCCCAGAAAGCCAGCCGUGUGUUUUGCAGCAGAACUACGGCUGCAUACCCGGUGGAAUCUGGGUGCAUUUCGGUUGCCGUGGUCGCUUCAGCAUCCCGAACUGCCGGGAUAAGAGCAACACCAUCUGCGAGAGCAUGAACGAGGACUACGUCGAAUGUUUUGCCUGCGAAAAAAGCCGCCUCAAAGAGGCGCGGCCUGCCGUGCCGCGGGCGGCCCACCAAGCGGUGGCCUUGGUGGGCCGCACGCAGCGCUCGGAUGUCUUGCUGACGCAACCAGAGGCGGUGUCUAUGAACUCCAGCUACUUCGCACAGCUCUUUGGGCUCCCCAUCCCCUGGCUCUACGAUGCCAUGGAUCCCUUGACUUCUGCGCCAGGCCUUUGGGAAGACCGAAGAUCGAUGGUGCUGCUGCUGCGCGCAGUGAAGCUGGCUGUGUUAGGACAACUGGGUCGUGCCGCAGUGUGGCAGGAAUGGCGCAGCUUCGCUUCCGUGCUACGAGGCUGCGCACAUCCUUUGGUGAAGAGAUUGCUUGAAGUUCUUUCGCCUUCAGUUGAUGCCCAGAAUGGCAGCAGAGGCCCCACCUUGACAGGAAGGCCAGCAAAAUUUCACGGUGAUGUGUUCCAAUGGCAAGGUAUCAGCGUCGAAAACUGUGGCCGCCUUCGGUUCACGCAAGCCACUCCGUGGGCCCGUUACAUUUAUCGCUUUGCCUACCAUGUCUCAGCGACAUUGUGGGCACCCUGA